GGGUAGCUCGUAGAGUCUGCAAGGAGAGAGAAAUAAAAAGCCGCGACGCGGUUUUUUUUUUAAACCUCCCCCUUCAGUUUGAGAGAGAGCAGAACGAAAAACAGGAAGGAAGAAAAAUAAGGAAAUGAGUUGUGGUAAAAGAGGAGAGAGACGCUAAGGGGGCAUUUAAGAGAUUGUUGCCGCGAGUCGAGAGAUCGCCAGAAAACCCCCAAAGCCAAACAAGAAGACCGACUCCGAACCAGAGGAGUUUGCAUUUUCUUCAAGAGAAGAAGAGGGAGACGUUGCCCCUGGAGGAAUAAUAGCCAAGUAAAAGACAAAUAGAGGAAAGUUUGGAGGGGUUGGCGGGCGAGGCGAGACAGUGCUGGUGGACGAAGGGCUCGGGUUUGUUUUAGGUGGGGUCGGAUGCAGGGAGUGGGCGUGAAUGGUGUGGCUCCUGCCGAGUAGUUGAAGGGAGCGGCUCGCGAGGACGGACGGACGGAUCCCAUCGAGCGCCGGGAGCGAAGCAGCCGAUCUUUGACGUUUGCCCCGCGACCAUGACUGCUGGCCAGUGACAGCCCGAGUGGAAUGUGGGAGAGGUUCCGCUGGGCCCGGGACCGAGCCGCCGCCGCCGAGCGCAUCUCCUGCAGCACCUUCCCCUCCUGCCGCCGCCGUUCAAACAGAUGAGCCGAGCUCCUGCCGCUGCCUGCUGCCGUUCCUGCUCCUGCUCCUACUGCUGCUGUUCUGCUUAGCGCCGUCGCCGCCUCCGCCAACCAAAUCGGUUUGGAUGAUUCGCGAUCUGAGCAAGAUGUAUCCUCAAAGCAGACACCCGGCACCGCAUCAGCCUGCUCAACCCUUUAAAUUUACCAUUUCCGAGUCCUGCGAUCGGAUUAAGGAGGAGUUUCAGUUUUUGCAGGCACAAUACCACAGUUUGAAGCUAGAAUGUGAAAAACUGGCCAGUGAGAAGACAGAAAUGCAGCGACAUUAUGUCAUGUAUUAUGAAAUGUCCUAUGGAUUGAAUAUAGAGAUGCAUAAGCAGGCGGAAAUUGUCAAGAGGCUGAACGCUAUCUGUGCCCAAGUCAUUCCUUUCCUGUCCCAAGAGCACCAGCAACAAGUGGUGCAGGCUGUGGAACGUGCCAAGCAAGUGACCAUGGCAGAACUGAACGCAAUCAUUGGGCAGCAACAACUCCAGGCCCAGCAUUUAUCACAUGGACACGGUCUGCCGGUGCCUCUUACUCCACAUCCAUCGGGCCUGCAGCCUCCAGCCAUCCCACCUAUUGGGAGCAGCGCUGGUCUCCUAGCCCUCUCCGGUGCCUUGGGAGGCCAGUCCCACCUGCCAAUUAAGGACGAGAAAAAGCACCACGACAAUGACCACCAAAGAGACAGAGACUCCAUAAAGAGCUCUUCCGUGUCUCCAUCAGCAAGUUUCAGAACUGCCGAGAAGCAUAGAAACUCAACAGAUUACUCGUCAGACAGCAAAAAGCAGAAAACUGAAGAGAAGGAGAUAGCAACUCGCUAUGACAGCGACGGUGAGAAGAGCGAUGACAACCUCGUAGUGGAUGUUUCCAAUGAGGACCCUUCCUCCCCUCGAGGGAGCCCAGCACCUUCUCCGAGGGAGAAUGGCUUGGACAAGACCCGCCUACUCAAGAAAGAUGCCCCAAUGAGCCCAGCCUCCAUUGCAUCUUCCAGCAGCACUCCUUCCUCCAAAUCCAAAGAACUGAGCCUUAAUGAAAAAUCUACCACUCCCGUGUCAAAGUCGAAUACCCCCACUCCACGGACCGAUGCUCCAACCCCAGGAAGUAACUCCACUCCAGGGUUGCGACCUGUGCCUGGGAAACCGCCGGGAGUGGACCCUUUAGCUUCAGGCCUGAGGACCCCCAUGGCAGUUCCAUGCCCUUACCCCGCCCCGUUUGGGAUCGUGCCGCACGCUGGAAUGAACGGAGAGCUGACUAGUCCGGGAGCUGCAUAUGCCGGCCUGCAUAACAUCUCUCCUCAGAUGAGUGCGGCGGCCGCCGCGGCUGCCGCAGCCGCCGCAUACGGACGAUCUCCAGUGGUUGGUUUUGAUCCACACCAUCACAUGCGCGUGCCAGCAAUCCCUCCUAACCUGACGGGCAUUCCCGGAGGAAAACCCUUUGCCAGGACUUCAUCCCACUCUUUCCCCGCUAACCUCCGCUGGCUGAAAGGAGGUGAUGGAGCUUAUUCCUUCCACGUCAGUGCCGACGGUCAGAUGCAGCCCGUCCCUUUCCCCCCUGACGCCCUCAUCGGCCCCGGGAUCCCCCGUCACGCCCGUCAGAUCAACACCCUCAAUCACGGGGAAGUGGUGUGUGCAGUCACCAUCAGCAACCCCACCCGGCACGUGUACACCGGGGGGAAGGGGUGCGUCAAAGUCUGGGACAUCAGCCAACCCGGCAAUAAGAGCCCCGUCUCUCAGCUGGACUGUCUGAACAGAGAUAACUACAUCCGUUCCUGUAAAUUGCUCCCCGACGGCCGCACCCUCAUAGUCGGAGGGGAAGCCAGCACGCUAUCCAUUUGGGACCUGGCGGCUCCCACUCCGCGGAUCAAAGCGGAGCUGACGUCCUCGGCCCCCGCCUGUUACGCCCUGGCCAUCAGCCCCGAUUCCAAGGUCUGCUUCUCCUGCUGCAGCGACGGCAACAUUGCCGUGUGGGACCUGCACAACCAGACAUUGGUCAGGCAGUUCCAGGGCCACACGGACGGAGCCAGCUGUAUCGAUAUUUCUAACGAUGGCACCAAGCUCUGGACAGGGGGUUUGGAUAACACGGUGCGAUCCUGGGACCUGCGAGAAGGGCGGCAGCUCCAGCAGCAUGACUUCACCUCACAGAUCUUCUCGCUGGGAUACUGCCCGACUGGAGAGUGGCUUGCAGUAGGGAUGGAGAACAGUAACGUUGAAGUGCUCCACGUUACCAAACCAGACAAAUACCAGUUGCAUCUCCACGAGAGCUGUGUGCUGUCACUCAAAUUUGCCCACUGUGGCAAGUGGUUUGUCAGCACUGGAAAGGACAACCUCCUUAAUGCCUGGAGAACACCUUAUGGGGCCAGUAUAUUCCAGUCCAAAGAGUCCUCAUCAGUGCUUAGCUGUGACAUCUCGGUGGAUGACAAAUACAUUGUCACCGGCUCCGGGGACAAGAAGGCUACAGUCUAUGAAGUUAUUUAUUAAGGACAAAUCUGAAUGCAAACAAGACUCCUCCUCCUUGUAGCACUUUUCUUUCUUCCUUCCUUCCUUUCUUCCUCCCUUCCUUCCUCCCUUCCUCCUUCCCU